UCUUGUAAGAACGGUGCUAUGUAGAGGUGUAUAGUGAACAAAAUGCAUCCGCACUUACAUAUCCUCCUAUACUUUUUAUUAAUUUCAAAAACUUUGAAUAAACAAAUCGAAAUUAAAUGUCCGCAACAUUGCAGUUGUGAUAUAUUUGAAAAUUUGAAACGUGCGACGUGUAGUCAUCGGACUUUGGCGAACAUUGAGUCAAAUUUCCCAGAACAAACGGAAAUUCUAGAUCUGUCACAUAAUCAAAUAAAUCAGUUACCAAAUGACGUAUUUGUGAAAGAAAAACUUACAUCUUUGAAACUGUUGAAUAUAUCUCAUAAUCAAGUAAAUAAAAUUGAAAUAUAUUCAUUUCGAGGACUCACUAAUUUAAAAACGUUGGAUUUAUCAUACAAUGGCAUACAAUAUAUUCUUAAAAGCUGGUUUCUGAGCAUGGUUUCUUUAGAAGAGCUGUAUUUAAAACACAACAGUUUCAGCAAAAUGGAUUCAGGCGCAGUGUUCAAUUCGAAGUCGCUAAAGAAACUGGACUUGAGCGACUGUGGUAUAUCCUUUAUUUCACCAGAAACGCUUUCCAAAUUAGAAAAUUUGGAACUUCUGGACCUAUCUCGGAAUUACCUUAUACAAUUAAAACUUGAUACAAUUAAAUCCCUCUCUAAUUUGAAUACCUUGAAUUUAAACAACACCCAGUUAAGAUGUGACGGGCAUUUUCAAGAACUGUCCAGUUUUUGUACAACCAAGGGGAUAAGAUUUAUUCACCCGUGUGGAACAAGUAAAAUUUUACCAAACGAGAAGUUCCAGCGCAUGAUGAAUAUGGCGCCACCGGUUGAAGAAAAAAAUUCAUGGAUUUAUGAUGAUGAACAAGACGUGAAAAAUGAUAAUAAAACUGAAAUAAUCGAAACAUGCAAUAAUACGCGUGUUGAUAAGAGUCUGCUGCAGGAAAUCGUUGACUUGUCACCGGUCUUAUCAAUUACAAUUCCAUUUAUUUAUGGAAUUGCUGUUGGAGUUUUGAUAGCAUAUAUUUUGCAUGUUUGUACGGAUAAAAACAAAGAAAAUUUGAACGAAAGCACGUACUUGAGUUUUGAUGAUGGCGACACGCAUCUGCAGAGGAGGAACAGGCUCCAUAGAAUAAGUGCGAGGUUCAGUAGAAGUUUUAGCACAGAAGACAGACAGAAUUUGCCGCUUCGUGAAUGGAACAUUUCCGAAUCUACACCUGUUCUUUUUAGAAAAAAUCAAGUGCGCUUGUAGUAUUAUUUUUGGGUCAUGGCGUCAUGAUUCAAGUAUUCUCUCUAUAUACGACUAUACAGUAUCUGUGAAUUGUAAUAAAACUCUGUGAUAUUCCUAAAAA